AUGGCCGCCGCAGAAGCCCAGAUGCCAUUUAUCAAAAACCUCGCCUCGAGCGACCGCAAGCUUCGCACGCAAUCGCUCGCCACGCUGCAGACGUACCUAUCGUCCAGGACGGGCCUGCCGGCCGCGGACGCGCUCAAGCUCUGGACAGGGCUGUACUACGCGCUGUGGAUGACGGACCGGCCGCGGCCGCAGCAGGCUCUCGCGGCGGACCUGGCCAACCUGGUGCUGGACGUGCCGGCGGCGUGCGCGGCCCCCCUGGCCAGCGGCUUCUGGGGCGUGCUGUCGCGGCAGUGGGCGUCGAUUGACGCCCUGCGCAUGGACAAGUUCCUGCUGCUGGUGCGGCGCGCGUUCGCCGCGCAGGUGCGCUUCGCGCGCGGCAGGGCGUGGGCCGGCGAGCAGGUCGACCGGAUGCUCGACGUGUGGAGGCGCCUGGCCUUUGACGCCGACGACGAGGACGGCGUGUCGCUGGGGCUGAGGCUGCACGUGCUGGAUCUGUGGGUGGACGAGCUGGAGAGGGAGAAGGCCCUGGGGCCGGCGGGCGACGGCGAGGAGGAGGAGGAGGACGACGUCGCCGCGAGGGACGAGUGGGUGCGCAGGGUCGGCGACAUGGUGGACGCGUUGAGGGCGAGCCCGGUCAAGAGCGUGCGGAAUAGGGCCUCUGAGAGCUAUGCUGACGAGAGGCUGCCUUGGGGGACGAGGGAGAGUGAUGGCGAGGGACAAGGGGAGGAUGAGGAUGAGGAUGAGGGCUGGGGCGGUAUUGAGGAUUGA